AUGGGCUUCGCCGAUCUUCGUACUGAUGCUGGAGCUACUAUGCUCACCACAAACCCCGCCAAGGCCCCGGAGAAGACUGGCGACAAUCAUGAAGAUGUCGACCUGUUCGACAGCGACGAGGAGGAGGAUCCUGAAGCUGCCAGGAUCCGCGAGGAGCGCCUUGAGGCUUACCGCAAGAAGAAGGAAGCCAAACCUAAGGCCGCUGCCAAGUCUUUUGUGACCAUAGAUAUCAAGCCUUGGGAUGAUGAGACCGAUAUGGCUGGCCUCGAGGCUGCGGUCCGUGCUAUUGAGAAGGAUGGCCUGACCUGGGGUGCCUCCCAGCUGGUUCCUGUCGGGUUCGGUAUCCGCAAGCUCACGAUCAACUUGGUCGUCGAGGACGACAAGAUCUCUCUGAUCGACCUUCAGGACGAGAUCCAGGAGCUCGAGGACUACGUUCAGUCCUCUGACAUUACCGUCAUGCAGAAGCUAUAA